GAACAAAGGGAGAGGUGGUGGAGGGUGGUGAGCAGAAGGCCCGUGUCUCUGCUCACGUCUGCACAUCCGCCAAUGACAAGCACUGGCCGAGAACCAAACGGGGAACUCUUGCGCGAAGCUUCAGCGUCCAUACCCCCUACACACGCCGCGCUCAUGCCCGCGCCGUACACGUGCACGCGCGCGGCCCAGAAGAGCUGACAAUCGAUAUGCAUGGAGCCCGCGCGUCUGUGGCGCAGGCUCCCCAUGCUGAGUGCAUGCUGGGGGCGGUGCCAGCUGUGAUCCAGCGACGCCCCGCGGCCAGAGGCAGCGAGGACGAGGAUGAGGACGAGGAUGAGCGGGGAAAAGAGAAUCGGGAGGAGGAGGAGGAGGAGGAGGAGGAGGUUUUUUUUGCUGCAAGAACGAUGCCUGGCGGUCCCCGCCCCAGCUCGCCACAAGAGAAAGAGGAUGGGCGGGCACUCCGCCACGGGGUGCCUCCCGCCCCGGAAGAGGAGGAGGAGGAGGAGGAGGAGGAGGAGGAGGAGGAGGAGGAGGAGGAGAGGCCUACAAGAGCUCAGUCUCCUCACGAUGCGCCGAGCAGCGGGCCGCCCAGCCGCAGCGGGUCGGAGGUCCGGGGGCGCGCCCGGCACCUCCAGCCAGCCCCGACCUCGACUCGCGACGCCCAGCACGCCCAGCGCGACGCUGGCAGGGGCGCCGGGUGCGUCGGCGCCCCCCUCCGCUGCCAUGCCGGCGCCGCCCUCGUCGCGGCCGCUGCGCACGCAGGCCGUCCCGUCGAAGCAGUGCCCGGGCCUGCACCGGCACGCCGAGGCAUCAGAGCAGUACUGGUUGGCCCCUCGGCAGCACCACAGGCCGAGCAACUGGCAGGCGUUGCACGACGUGCCCGCGUACGUGGUGCACGACCCCGGCCUCACGCACUCGCCCGCCUCGCGGCAGCGCAGGUUCCCUCGGGGCAGGUGCAGUUCAGGUUGUGCUCUCUCCGGAAUACCGCGUGCGCAUUCGUUGGGUCUGGGCCGACGAGCGUGCACUGCGCGUUGCGCCACCACUUGCAGGGGCUCACGUUGCAGCUCCCGCCCGUGUUGAGCUCGCACGCUGCGCCGCUCGGACCCGGCAGGCUCAGCAGACCGGCGAGCACUGCCCACCACGGCAUUGCCGCUUUCCGGCCGUCUGCCGAAGCUGGGGAACAACGCAGCGCAUUCUGGGUCAAACCACACGCUCGAGCCGAGAUGCCAGCGAAGCUGCGGCAGCUCCUGUACCC